AUGAGCUUGAGCACCUUUGGAGAUGAAUCUGAUCACCUGGCUCUGCUAGACUUGAAGAAAAGAAUAACUGAAGAUCCUCUGCAUAUCAUGAGCUCAUGGAAUGGUUCCAUCAAUUUCUGCAGCUGGGUUGGCGUUACAUGCAACCAUUCAAACAAAAGAGUCGUGACUUUGAACCUGGAAGCUCAAAAAUUGGUAGGCUCCAUACCACCUUCUAUAGGAAAUCUGACUUAUCUCACCGGAAUCAACUUGAUACACAACUUCUUUCAUGGUGAAAUUCCUCAAGAAAUGGGACGACUGCUCCGCCUGCGAUAUCUCAACCUGAGUUUCAAUUCCUUUGGUGGGAAAAUUCCAAGUAACAUAUCUCACUGUACACAGCUGAGAGUGCUUAAUGUUGGUUCCAAUAAGCUUAUGGGUCCAUUCCGGAUCAAACUCAAAUCAUUGUUGAAUUUAACUCAUCUAUGGGUUAGUGGUAACAAUCUCUCUGGAACAAUCCCAGAUUGGAUAGGGAACUUUUCUUCUCUGUAUGCUAUUAAUAUUUUUCAAAACAAUUUUCAAGGAAGCAUACCGAAUGAGCUCGGGCGCUGCACAAGCUUGGGAAGAUUUGUAAUUGCAGGGAAUAAACUUUCUGGUAUGGUUCCUUCUUCAAUAUAUAAUAUAUCCUCCAUAUACUAUAUCAUUGUUACUGAGAACCAGCUGCACGGAGAGCUGCCAAAAGAUGUGGGGAUCACUCUUCCUAAUCUGGAGACAUUUGCUGGUGGUGUCAACCAAUUCACAGGUAAUAUUCCUGUAUCCUUGUCAAAUGCUUCUAGACUUCGACAGCUUGAUUUUGCUGAAAAUGGUCUCACUGGGAAACUCCAAGCUGAACAUUUCGGAAGCCUGCAAAGCUUAUCUAGACUGAACUUUGAUGACAAUAGACUGGGAAGUGGAAAAACUGGUGACCUGAGUUCUCUCAGUUUCCUUGCUAAUUGUACUAAUCUUGAGGUGUUGAGUUUUAGCCGCAAUCGUUUUGGAGGAGAAUUGCCAGAGUCCAUAUCCAACCUCUCAACAAAACUUAGAAUUUUUACAAUGGGGGGUAAUUUGAUACAUGGAAGCAUCCCUGUCGGCAUUGCAAAUCUUGUAAACUUGAUCAAUCUAGGAAUGGAACAAAACUAUUUUGGUGGCAGUCUCCCUGAUGCAAUUGGCAAGCUCCAGAAGUUACAGGGACUGUAUUUGAAUCUUAACAAGUUUUCGGGGGCCAAUCCCAUCCUCCCUAGCUGCACUAGUUUGGUGAGCCUACAUUUGGAAGGUAAUGCGUUUGAAGGAAGAAUUCCUGAAACUCUGGCAAAAUUAAGAGGCUUGGAAGAAAUCGAUGUUUCACACAAUCACUUUUCUGGGAAAAUUCCUGAAUUUCUAGGUAAGUUUAGAGCUCUUAAGCAACUCAAUCUUUCUUAUAAUGAUUUUGAGAGUGCAUUGCCUGAAGAAGGAAUAUUUUCAAAUGCAAGUGGUGUCUCAGUUCAUGGAAAUAAUAGACUGUGUGGUGGCAUCCCAGAAUUACUUCUACCUGUAUGCUCUAACAAAAAGCCUCAUUUAUCUCAAGGAUUACUUUCCCCAAAAGUAGUAAUUCCUGUAACUUGUGCAAUUGCAUUCAUUGCCCUAUCAUGCUUUAUUGCUGCUUGUAGAAUGGUGAAAAGGUCAAGAGGUCCACUUUUAACUUCACAUUCUUAUGGGGAUUGGAAAUUAGCCGUCUCAUACUUAGAACUCGCUCAAUCAACCAACGGGUUCUCUCUUGACAAUCUCAUUGGUUCAGGAAGUUUCGGUUCUGUGUACAGAGGAGUACUCUCUAGUAAUGGCAUGGUAGUUGCUGUUAAGGUAUUAAACCUUAACCAAGAAGGAGCUUCCAAGAGCUUCAUGAUGAAUGCAAAGCUUAAGAAGUAUAAGGCACCGCAAUCUUCUCAAGAUCAUAACCGCAUGCUCAAGCAUUGA